AGGAACGCACGCCUCAAGGUUGUCGGCACGCGGUAGUCGGCACACUUUCGCUGAUACGGCAACAAGCAACAACAAAUUGUGCGACUGUUGUUACUAACAUAAAUACUGCCAGCGCGCUGCAUAAUGGUGCAAAAAAACGCGAAAGAAUUCCAUUAACGGUGCGGAAGGACUCACGAUGCGAUAAUGCCACGCGAGUUUGAUGUGUCCAGCGGCAAUAAUGCGCACAACUGUCAGAAAAACAACUUGAGCGAUUUGUAACAGUAGUUUUAAGUGUCAAAUUGGCGUUUUAUUGGAAAUUAUUAGUGCUGAACGUGUAUUCCAGGUGUAAGCCAAGAUGGCGUCCGUAUGGAAGACGCUUAUGCGUCGCAAGAUAAUCCAGCAACCAGAAGAAACCAGCUUGGGACGUGUUCUUGGCACCUGGGACCUAACCUUUUUGGGGGUGGGAGCUACCCUUGGCAUUGGACUCUAUGUUUUAGUAGGGAAAGUUGCCAGGGAGACUGCUGGACCCUCAAUUGUUUUAUCAUUUUUGAUUGCUGCUAUUGCAUCUGCUUUUGCUGGAUUGUGUUAUGCUGAAUUUGGUGCUCGGGUACCACGAGCCGGUUCGGCUUACGUCUAUAGCUAUGUGUGUAUUGGUGAAAUAGUUGCCUUCAUCAUUGGAUGGAAUCUGAUUCUUGAGUAUGUGAUUGGUUCGGCAUCAGUCGCGCACGGAAUGAGUUUAUAUGUGGAUACAAUGGUAAACGAUUCACUAAAACGGCAGUUUAUUGACAUUGCACCGAUUCACAUCAGUUUCCUGGCGGAGUAUUUCGAUUUUGCAUUUGGCAUCUCAAUUAUCCUCUCACUUGGUUUAGCUGUAGGGGUAAAAGAAAGUUCCUAUCUGAAUAACAUCGUCACCAUUUUGAAUAUAGCCGUGGUGAUAUUUGUUUUUAUUGCUGGGGGGAUGAAAGCCCAAUGGAGUAAUUGGACAAUUGCAAAAAGUACUGAUGAUAGUAUAGGAAAAGGUGGAUUUUUUCCAUUUGGUCUCACUGGGAUGAUAAAAGGUGCCGCCACUUGUUUCUAUGGUUUUGUGGGCUUUGAUUGCAUUGCUACCACUGGUGAAGAAGCAAGGAAUCCACGAAGGAGUAUACCAAUCGCCAUUUUGGCAUCGUUGGGUAUAAGUUUAAUAGCGUAUUGUGGGACAUCAGCAGUGGUAACUUUAAUGGUGCCUUACUAUGAACAGGAUAUCAAUUCACCAUUACCACAUGCCUUUGAUGUCUACGAUAUGGCUACAGCCAAAUGGAUAAUCACAAUUGGAGGAUUAUUUGCCCUUUCAGCAAGCCUCUUCGGCGCCAUGUUUCCCCUACCACGGAUAAUCUACGCAAUGGCUAACGAUGGUCUUAUUUUCCGUUUUCUUGGUAUCGUAAACGCAAGAUUUGCAACGCCUAUGAUUGGCACUAUCCUUGCCGGAGUUCUUACUGGAAUUAUCGGUGGUUUAUUCGAUCAAGGUCAAUUGAUUGACAUGAUGUCAAUUGGCACAUUGCUGGCAUAUACAAUCGUAGCUGCAUGCGUUCUUAUUUUGAGAUAUUCCGUCAGCGUUGGGAAGGUGCACAUACACACAGAUUAUGAUGACGAUGCUGUUGGGUCCCUGGGACAAAAUGGCGGAUGGUUCAGUGUGUUGAUGAACAGUGGAAGUGUGAAACGUCCAACGGAGAAAAGUGAAUUUAUGGUCACGAUACAAGUUGGUUUUUAUUGUAUACUUGCUAUUUUAUGUGGAUUUUGUGCAAAGUACCUUCCUGAUGAUAUCAGCAACGGAGAAAUUUAUGCUAUAGUGCUGCCAUCUGUUGUCGUGACGUUGAUGAUUUUACUGGUGAUCUCAAUGUGCUUACAACCACAAAAUGAUACAAAUCUGUCUUUUAAGGUUCCGCUCGUACCGAUAAUCCCCUGCUUGAGUAUUCUAGUCAACAUCUACCUCAUGAUGGCAUUAGACGUCGCCACAUGGAUCCGUUUCGGCGUCUGGAUGGCAAUCGGGUUGCCUAUCUAUUGGUGUUCAGCGCGGCCAUGCUGUGGCAGUAAAGGCAAAACAAUGCCGAUUGGUUGCGUUAAAAACCGUAACUUGAGCGAGGGCAGCACUUAUGUCAACUUUGGUUAUCUACACGGCGAAGAAUGUGCUCCCGAGAAUAACGAAAUGAUAGAGAGACGAACUGUCAUUUUAUUAAAUAAUAAAGAUAAAGAAAACAAAAAAGAACGUGAACAACAAAAGGAAUCGAAAUCAAGCGCUGAUUCAGAUAGUGGAGCAUAUUUUGAAGAUACUGAACAGGAUCAGGAAGUUCAAAGUACGAAAAGUAAUAAAAGUGAUAGGAGUAGUCACGUGUUGACGAAGUAUGAAAACGUAACAAUUGUGGAACCGGAAGAGAUCGAAGAUAAAUCCGUGCAGGAUGUUUUGGGUACUUUGGACCACAUGCUGGAGAAGGAAGAGGAAAAGUGUGGGGAUGGUGGUUUAGGUGUGCCUAGGUUUAGGAAUCGCAGCGUGUCGAUUGUGUCGAGUGUUUCUAACAAUUCGAAUAAUCUACCGAUGGAGGUGAGUGUAGUAGCGAUUAUACAUCACGAGGAUGAGCAGGAGCCUAUUUUGGAGGAGAUUGAAACUCCGGAGGAACCAGAACCAGAGGAGAAGUUGACUGAAGCUACUAAUGGUAGAUUGAUUCAAAGCGUUCAAAAUUUAACAGCACAGGAAGAUAAUUCUGAUGUUGAUCCAAAGGAAAAUGAAGAAGUUGAUGAAUCAAAAGAAGAAGAGGAAAAUAAAAAAGAUGAUAAAAUACUGGAAGACAUUUUACCUGUGCCUCCGCCGCCGCCAUUGUUACUUAAACCUGCUUUACCCCCUCCACCUCCACCUCCAUCAAUGUCCCAAUUUGAAAUAUUCAAAGCAGAACCCCCUCCUAAACUAGAUUAUCUCGCUGCACGUUCCACUCUGAAAAAAUCAACACGUGCUAUCACCCCACCACCUUCCGCAUCUUCCACACCAAUAGGCACGCCGCUUUCCACCAAACGCCGUAUGACUCCAUCCAAAUCAGAAACCGAUUUAUACACACCCCCUGAAGAUAAUAUAAAACUAACCUCUGAAAACAUCAAACAAUUCAAAAAUAAACUCGCAGCUGAUUUGGGACACAUGCCCAACAACUUGAAGUUCAACGUCACAGCGUCUCCCUACUACCAUUCAGUAACUCUGGAUAGAAAACCAACAACAAAGAGAAAUGCCAGCAUUGGUGGUAAAAGCGAAAGUGUUGAUGAUCUUAACUUAUCAGUGCCGAAAAGUGAUGAAAUGCCGCGGAAAAACAGCGGUGUGGUUGAUGAUAGUUUGAAAAGUGUCAACAUGGACGCGAUUAAAGCAAGACUCAGUGUAUUAUACAACACUAGGAGUGAUGCAGAUCCUGCUACUUUGUAUAGAAACCGAAAAAAAGUUGAUUCAGCUACCAAAGUGGAAUUUGGUGAGAGUGGCGUUUAGGAAUCAAACAUAACCUAAAAUUUGAACUAUUAUUACCUAUUUCAUCUGUUGUAAAUUGUAAAUUGUUGUUAUUUCUUAACCUAUACUUGUAAGUUGUUAACUAGUCGUAAGAUUCUAACCUAGACUUGGUUUCUAUUCCUACACUCAUGAAACUUAUCACGAAAAACACAGACUUGCAUGUUUUAUUAAUAUUCACACUCAAUUUAAGUAUUAUAACCUUUAUAAUGUG